AUGGGUCUUAUGUACCCCAACAGCUCCCGCACACCUUACAACAAGAAGUACACGAAGAGCUGCACGACCAAGGAGACGCUGAGCAGGGAGGGCAUGGCCUUCGAGAAGCAGCUGCAGUUCGUCUCGGACGCGGUGAUGGCCCUGGCAGUCGCCCUGCAGGACAUGCACCGCGACCUCUGCCCUGGGGCCAAGGGGCUGUGCGAAACGAUGACCCCUACCAAGGGCAGUGAGCUACUCAAGUAUCUCAGGGCUGUAUCCUUCGAAGGUAAGGUCCCAGUCGUAAUCAAUUAA